AUGGGAUCCUUCGAUUUGGGCACAGAUCUUCUAGAUGGAUUCAUCCGCUAUCGUGGUUAUUCCGAUGACCCCUAUUCAAGCCUAGAAGACUUCUCCGAUCGCCUUAGUCACUUCGUGUCCUCUCUGAUCAUCCUUUUGUUGGCUGGCGUUACCACGACAAACGUGUACUUUCUGCGGCCCAUCUCCUGCACCCUGCCCACUUCCCCUGAUGGCCACUUUACGGUUUUUGCCGAAUCUGUGUGCUGGUUGCAGGGCACGAUUGGACUCAACGUUGACGACACCAUCCCAAAUGAACCUGCAGACUGGGAUGAGUUGAGAGAGCGAUCAGAUAUAUGUAAGUGUGGAGAGAAAUAAAAAAGACAAGUGUUUGUCAUUAGUCGCUAGCCUGAUUUUAAGUCCACAUCAGACGGCAUCGAAGUCGGGGCAGUCCUGUCUAAAAAUGAGUUGUAAUGAUGGGGACUGCAGCUACGUUGGGAACGGGGCGGAACCUGUCGAAAAUCAGCAAUUCGGAGGCUAUACCAGAACUCUCAACUUGCAACACACGUUGGAGAAACUGGCCAUACUUUCAAUCCUCAGGGAGUUAUCAUUUUAGGUCAAGGCAAUUCACAGGCAGAACGGCUAAAACUUGAGGCGUAGUAGUACUCAGAUGCCAACUUCAUCAAUAGGCAUCUGGUUCUUCCUGCAGUUUACAAAGCCCUGCGUCAUCGCGUUCAUAAAGCUCCGGACAAGAAGGCCGCGCAGACACAGUCUGACGACGAGCUCACUGGACGAGAAAGAGCUGCCAGUCCGACCAACCUCGACAGAGGUUUGACCACAUCUCCCGAAGAGGUGGUGACUCAUAACGCACACAGCCAAAAAGCCCGAUAAACAUUUCUCGCAAAGGCCGAGACAGCGAGAGAGAAGAGAAAAAUCGAUCAGCAUGAGGUCGAGCAGCGCGGCGUGCCAUUACUGUUUCUGUUCGGUUAAGUGCAUUUUACGCUUUAACAGUGGUGAGCCAGUCGUGAUGGUAUGGUCGACAAGACAAAGAUUCCAAAAUCAGAAGUCAGGGAAGACGGACCGGGUUAGACAAUCUUUGCUGCUGGGGAAGUGAGUACAAAAAGGCUCUGCAAGCAAUCGCGGAGAGUGGGUCCUCUUGGUAAGUUGUGGCAGCCGUUGAGGCGCUUAGACCCCAGCGCGUGCGUGUGCCCUUCGCUCUACUCCAGUGUCGCCAACCAAUCAGAGAAGGGGCUGCGUUGAUUGGCCUCGAGCGCUCGCAAGACUAGUGACAAGCCUCGCGCGUCCCAGCAGCGACUCGACAGAGAUUGUGAGGCGGACAGGAGGCCACCGUGACAAAGCGAUGGAGAGCAAGGAGGCGCUGACUGCCACAAACCGACCCAGCUCUCCGAAACAUCAUAAUUCCAAUAAACCUUUUCCGUUGGGACUGCCUUAUUUCUCAAAACAUUUCUCACGGUUACCGUUUUGCCAUGCUUUUAAUUUUUACACAGAUUUUUGCAGUCAUUAUAUUUGCUGGGUAUUUUCUAAACUUGUCCUUCUUCAUUUUUGUAUAAGUUGAUGUGUCUUAGUCGUUACACGUCACAUUUCUAACCUGGUGUGCGUUUUGGUUUCCUUAGGUGAUUCUUCUUCACUUGUUGCCUUGGUCAGUGACAUCAGGGGUUUAACUGACGGAACAGAUUAUCUCGGCUAAUUUCGUCUCGCUGUUCUUUAUAAUCAUGACUCGCUAAACCCCCGCAUCGGCCAUAGGCAUCGUGAGUCGCACUGCAUUUUCGUGCACAGAAAUGGCGACAGAGGUGAGGCAAUGUGGCGCAGAUGGCUGCUGACAAGCAGAACUCCACGACGCAAUCCUACAAGCAGAGCGGAUAAAGUUAAGGCGACUGUUUUGUUGGCAAGGAAACUCCAGCCAAUGGGAGCGGUGAGUAGUAAGUGACGUUUACGGUCACACCGAAUCACGGUGUACGUGUUGAAAUUGGCAGCGACGUGGGGUCCUACAACCUACCGUUACCGUUUGGUCUUCUGAACAUGACUUUCGGAGGGGAGCCUAACUGUGGAAUAGUGAGUUCCUGGCGGUUGGCGUCUCGACAGUAUGCAGACAGCCGCCUGAGGGCUUCCCGUCAUCGAUUUAGGCUGGAGCUGGCGGCAUUUAGUACAUCACUGUGGGUAUUCGCAGCAAAUUGGCGAACGUCUAUAAGUGUUUGGAAAUGGAAUAAAUUGUCAGCAGCAUCCUCAGGUAGUCGAUGAGUCUACCGGAUGCGUUUUAAAGUACAAGAGAACUCACAGCGUUCAAAAGGAAACAUUUAGUUUGUCAUGGGUUCGUCUACGGCCGUAGGCGGAGUAAAGAGUCGUCUUAGCCGACACUGUGAUGCGAGAUAGGCAGCACCAUGUAUGAUAUCGAAUUUUAUAAGAUGUCUACAGGGCAUCAGAGCGUUUGUUACGCACUGAGUGACUGAAAUCUGCCUUCUAGAGAACUGUCAUUCUCGGCUACAGGCUUCGGUUAAUGUUGUAUUUGACGUCAAGACAUCCCCUAGCAUAGGUAACCACGUCCUAAUCAUGGUGGACAGCAGUUCCUGUAAUAAAGGAGCUGGGAGGAACGUCAACUGUUUCACCUGAAGCAACGCGUUCCCAGAUCGGAAUCCCGUUGGACAUGGCCAUUCACGCAUUGCGGGUGGGUGAUGCCUAAAGGCUCAAUGUCGCCAGAUUUAAGGUUAAAACUGGAUGCUGUGACUAACACUGUGGAAAGGAAAUCGUCACAUACUCCUCCCCCAACCCUCUCCCCUCUUCUUCUUCUUCUUCCUCCUCCUCCUCCUCCCCCUCCCCUCCACCUCGUCAACUUCAUGUUCCACACUCGCUCUCCUUUCAGCCUUCUACCAAUGGGUGCCCUUCUGCCUCUCCAUCCAAGCCAUGCUCUUCUACCUACCCCACCUCAUCUGGCAGGCUCUCGCCAUCAACAGCCUCGGCGACAACCUGGAAUGCCUCCUGACCAGAGCCAAAAAGGCCAACCAGGUGGAUGAUCGCGACGCCCGCCAGAAACUCGUCAACGCCUGUGCAGACCACCUCUCUCAGCUGUCUCGUCAGCAUGCCGACAACCGCAACAACACCUGGUCCGCCCUCCAACACCACCUCUCCCGCAUUCCCGGUGGACGUCUCUUCAUUGUGGGCAAGCGGAUGGGCAAUCGCAUCGCCUUCCUCUACCUCCUAGUGAAGCUGCUCUACAUCGCCAAUGCACUCGGUCAGCUCUUCAUGAUCAUGAAAUUCCUGGGACAUCGGGAUAUGAACAUGGCGACGUUUGCCCAGGACCUCUUCAACAUCCUCAAAUCGAAGCGGGAGUGGGGUGGCAGUGAGUUCUUCCCUCGACAAACCCUCUGUCCUGUGAGGGUGCCGCACCUGGGUGUUCGUAAUCAGGUCUACACUGCCGUCUGUGCCCUGCCCGUGAACAUGUUCAACGAGAAGAUCUAUAUAUUUCUGUGGUUGUGGAUCUCCCUGGUCCUCCUCGUUUCUGUUCUCAGCCUGCUCACCUGGCUUAGUCGUCUGGCUCUACAACGCUACAGUCGCAACUUCCUGCGUGAAUUCCUGGCGGUAUCGUUGCUCGCCCCCAUUCAGUUGUCUGGCAGUGAACUGCGGGUCGAUGGGAGAGGUGAAGGGGAGGAGGAGGAGGUGGUGGAUCUGCCGGAUGAUCUGGUGAACAAGUUCCUCAGAGAGGUAGUUCGAUGCGACGGUAACUUCAUAAUUCGGAUGCUGCGCGUGAAUGCUGGGGACGUUGUGACGGGUGAGAUUCUGGUGCGGUGGUGGAGACUGUUCAUGCAGGCUGAGGAGCGGAAAAGCCGAGACCUCUAUGCCAAGAUGCCAGAUUACAUGCCCGGCUUCAAGGUCACUCCCGACGCGCCUCCAAUGCCUGGAUUUAAUUCUGAUUCGACGGGAUUUGAGCGUGCUAGCAGGAGCGAUGUCUGA